GUAUGAGAAGAGCUCCCGCUUUAUGAAGGAAGGAUAUGAGCGAGACUUCCUGCGAUACCUGCAGAGUCUCCUGGCCGAGGUGGAGCGCAGGAUUCGGAGGGGCCAUGCGCGUUUAGCCCUGUCAGAAGCCCAGCAGAACUCUGGAGCACCGGGUCCAUCUGGGAAGAAUGAGGAGAAAGCUCAGGUCCUCACCAAGAAGAUUGAGGAGCUUGUUCUUCAGAUUGAGGAGUUGGGCUCGGAGGGCCGUGUUGAGGAGGCGCAGGGCAUGAUGAAGCUGGUGGAGCAGCUGAAGGAGGAGAGGGAGCAGCUCAGUUCCAAUCCUUCAACGAUUGAGAGCUUUGCAGCUCAGGAGAAGCAGAUGGAGGUGUGUGAAGUGUGUGGCGCUUUCCUCAUAGUGGGUGAUGCACAGUCCAGAGUGGAUGAUCAUCUAAUGGGCAAGCAGCAUAUGGGAUAUGCCAAAAUCAAAGCCACGGUCGAGGAACUGAAGCUUGUACUGAUAGAUGAACCCUUACACGUCAGCAGGAGUCGUGACCGAGAGAGGAGGCGCAGCCGGGAACGCUCGGACCGGAAGCGACGUUCUCGCAGCAGGGAGAGAAGGAGGUCCCGCAGCUCUGAGCGCAAGAGCCACCGGCACCGCAGCCGCAGCAGAGACAGAGAAAAGGACAGAGGAGACAAAGACAAGGACAAAUCCUCUAGGGACAAAGGUGUGGCCUUUAAUGUAAAUUAGUUCCAGAAGACUUUAUUUGGUUGUU